UAUAUAUACAUACAUUUAGAAGAUAUAUAUACUGUAUUUUCAUUCGGUAGAGUAUUUUAUUAAAAAAAAAAAACCUUCCUUAUUGAGACCGUGUGUUCCCGCUUACUACGAGUUUGUUGAUUGCGUGUUAAUUGUGUGACAAUCAUAUAUAUAUACAUAUAUGUAUAUAUAUAUUAUAUAUAUAUAUAGUUACACACAUAGAGAGAAAGAUCUCUAAAGAGCGGAGGCGGAUACUUAAUCAUUGUGAUAGCAACAAUAUAGCAAAAAUCGCUCGAGAUACCCGCGAGCGCACCUUAAUUUUGUUAGUAACGCAAUUUGUAAGAAAUUCUAACUAACUAGCGACGUUUAAAAAAUCGAUUCAUAGAACAAGGUACCGUAUCGAUAACAUAAGCGCACGCAUUAUAAUAAAAUAUGUACAUUCACACGCGUUACUAUACUGUGUCAUUGAUAUUACCAACAUAGAGAAACUUUAUCGGGGAAAAAAAAAAAAAAAAAAAAAACACGAAUUGUUUACGUGAAACGAUAGAACGAUAUAUAUAUAUAUUGUAUAAUUUAGUUAACGUACACAGUAUUAAAAGAAAAAAAAACAGAGAGUAAUAACUAGGAAUAGGCCAGUAGCUGGUUUACGCCUUAAAAACUUAGAUGACUGACGAGAAAUAAAACAUAUUUUAAUUCCUUCGCUCGUUUGAAUUUUUUCCUAACCACCCGUUCCGAAAAAUUUAAUUUUUCUCAAUUAACGGACAAGAGACGGAGAAGGAAUGUGAAGUUUUUCGCGCCACAAGUCGCACCGGAACACAAAUGUGUUACGUGUGUCCGUAAACAUUACGUACGCGUGUACAAUUGUAUAACACAUCCCUUCUUUCGCGCCUAUCGUUCUUCGAAUGUGUUCGUGGCAAGUGGAAUCUCAAUGAAGAAGCAUCAGUACAAGAGUCGGAAAGAACAAAUUCUCGAAGAAACGUCGUCGUUUUCGUUCUGACGGAGAGAGAUGAGAUAUAAAGUGUUUUCCGCUAACAAUACGAUGAAAAGUUCCCGAUUGUUUUCUACCACAUGCGAAUUGCGUUAACAAGAAUUGAUUCUGUAAAUCCUCGUUUUUUUUUUUCUAUACAUAGAGAAAUUUAUGUAUUAUGGCAAUUACAUUUGCGUAUAAACAUGGCCUCGCCGCGAAGAUUAGUGCCCGCAUUGAAGCAUCUGUCACCACGGCCGCUCAAAACCGUUCUGAACACCAGCCCGAAAACUCCAGGUAAUAAUCAACGAAGAGCAGAAGGUAACAGGCUGCUGUCUCCCUUUAAUAUCGAUACUCCCAACAGAAUGGAAAUACUGAGGAAUGGUCUGCCGAGGAAGCAUCGUCCUGUGCUGGGAGCGGGUGCCUUCGGUACUGUCUACAGAGCGCUUUACAAAGGGGACGAAGUAGCUGCCAAAGUGAUUCCUCGCAAAGGAAACGACCACGAGACGAUAAACUCCGAGAAACACGCCACUGUUCUGCGACACGCGAACAUCGUGAGAAUAUUAAACAUCGAACAGGGCAACAGCUUGUCGCUGAUAACAAUGGAAUUGUGCGGCACGUCGCUGCAGGACCGACUGCAGGAUUCGGCGCUAUCUCGCGAGAAACGUGUCUCCGUUUGGAGAGACAUUGCCCACGCGCUCCAAUUCUGUCACGCUCACGGGGUGAUACACGCGGAUGUGAAACCCACCAAUAUUCUAAUGGCCGAUGAUCAGGCGAAGCUAACCGAUUUCGGUAGCUCCAUACUGCUCAGCGAGCCGCACAACUCGAUCAAGCCGCGAGGCACACCGGGUUACGCAGCACCGGAAGUUCUCAGAGGAGACGUGCCUACGUUCGCCGCCGACGUUUAUUCACUGGGAAUUGUAGCCUGGCAAAUGCUGUCCAGACAGGUGCCCUUUCACGGAUUGCACAGUCACACCGUCAUAUACAUCUCCGCGAAAGGAACGCGUCCCAACGACGAGGUUCUUGAUGAUGAAUUUGAUGGAAAUUACAAAGAGUUGUACAGAACGAUGUGGUCGCAGAUUAUCGCGGACAGACCGACGCUGAGGAAAACAAUUGAUACGCUCGAUCGUUUAAUUACAAGUUGAUAUUUGUU